UCGUCAUUCCCCGCGGGUUUGCUUCGGUGCCUUUUUUUUUUCUGAUCCUUUCUUGUACGCCCCUUACCGCAAAGCACGGUUUGAUCCCAGCAGUGAGAAUGUCUUCACGGGCCAUUCGGAAGCUACAAAGGCUCCGGGAGCAAGAGCAGCAGGGUUCAGAUUCAAGAGAUGAGUCAAGUGAAGAUGAAGCCCCGCGCCCCGCGAACCCAAAGUUCAACGCCUUUGAUUUGCUGAACGCUGGAGAUGACGGGGACAAUGAUGAUCAAGAGGAGGAAGAAGAGGAUGAUACUGAGCAGCCACAGGAGGAACCUACCGUCCAGCCAUCCAAGCCCGAACCCGCACCCAAGUCCAAGAGUUCGAGGAAGAAGAAGAAGAAUAAGAAGGCUUCCAAAGCCUCUGUGCCAGCCAGCCGUACACCAGAAAAGUCCAAUGGAGGACUCGAUGAGAUUGAUAAGGCCUUGAACGCGCUUUCAGUGAAUAAGCACAAUCCCUUUGGCCCCCGUCAACCAACUGCUUCCAGCACCCCACCGGAGGAAACUUUCCCGAUGACGACGAACGAAGUGCUUGGUAUCGAAUCCAAGUAUCUCAAUGCGACAAAUGAAAUGCGCCGGCUCUUUGGAAAUGUUGUUCUCGAAAACUUCGAUCAGCCAGCCGACGCUGGAGCGGGCCGUCGUCGGGAUCGCAAUCGACAGAUGAUCGACCUUGCUCAGGCUUUGACAGGAAAAUACAGUCCAGCCAGUCGGGGCUUGAGCUUGGCUGGAGUCACACAGCGGAAGAACUUCCUUAUGCAAGGCAAGGACGAUUGGCCACGUGCUCCCAGUGGAGGGCUAAGCAUGGAAUUUCUACAGAAAUUCCGCACCGGUGAAACUCUGUUCAAACUCAUCCACAAUACCGCCUACGAAGAUGUACAAAGGCAAUUCGAUCUCUGUGUCGAAUCCAUGGAUCCUCAAAGGAUGAUCGGUCAUCUUCAAUACAAUCCCUACCACAUCUCCACACUCCUCCAGGUUUCCGAGAUCGCCAAACAUCAAGGUGAUCACGCUGUUUCUGCCGACCUUAUGGAACGAGCCCUUUUCAACAUUGGGCGUUCAGUCCACUCCUCGUUUGCCGACUGUCUCAAGUAUGGUGAAGCCAGAAUAGACUUCAUUCAUGACGAGAACCGAGAAUUCUUCCUCGUUGGAUGGAGAUACAUUUCCAACCUAGGCAUGAAGGGAACUUGGAGAACUGCAUAUGAGUGGUCUAAGCUGUUGCUUAGCGUGAAUGAUACUGAUCCCUAUUGCAUGAAACUGCUCAUUGAUCAUCUUGCUCUUCGGGGCAGAGAGUACGCGCAUUUUGUGCAAAUGUGUACUCAGACCCGCUUCAGUCGUGACUGGGCGGACCUUCCCAAUAUUCAAUGCUCUCUAGUCAUGGCAUACCUUCGUCUAAACAAACCCAAGGAAUGUCGCGAGCAACUACAACGCGUCAUGUCCCGCUACCCGUGGGUGUUUAGCAGACUGGCCCAGGAACUUGACCUCAAACACGUCCCAAAGGCAAUUUGGGGCAAGAUGCCUCCUACAGGGUCCCACGAACUGCUGACGGAGCUCUAUAUUGCGCGUGCUAAAGAUCUGUGGAACACUCCCGAGGUGGUUGCGCUCAUCAUGGAAGUUGCCGACUCCAUCACCGGCGAAGUUGAGCCCAUUGAGCCCCCAGAAAUUACAUUAGCAAUUGCUCGCCAUGUGGUCGUGUCUGAUAUUCCUAAGGUGACGACCUAUCUUCCAAACCACUUUGUGGCCGGCCGGCUGUCAUCCUCCGAUCCCCUUCCCCCGCUUGGGUCUGACGCCUACGAGCGACAAUCCGAGCCUCAGCCUAUGUAUGCGGCUCCGGCUGGUGCUGGCGGCGAGAACUGGCUGCAGGAUCUUCUCGGUCAGCUCAACAAUCGCAACCCCGGGGCUGGUGAUAUUGAUGACGAGGGCCCGUUUAUCCGAGGUUUCGGCGAUGAAGAUGACAAUGAGAAUGAGAACGAGAACCAAGGUACCAAUGCGGCUGAGGACAAUUACGAUAUUCCAACAUCGCGUCCUCCCCUUGGGGAUCGGGCAGCCCUUGAAGGGUGGCUAUCCCGGGAAGGCCUGCAGAUCCUUCGAAUUUUCCUGUCACAGUACGGCGUUGACCGGGGUAACUGGGGUGAAGUUGUGGUUAACUACGCCCCUUUGACUAAUUAUCUCCAAGCGUUGGAUGGGAUCACAGAAGCUUCCCGACGACGGCUGUUGGAAGGCACCAUCAAGGAUUCUCUGGGUGAUUUUGCAGUGAGCAUGUUGGAGGAUGAAUACGCCAACAUGCGAGAGUAA